AUGAGGAUCGCUACGAAGCGUCUCCAGAAAGAGCUCUCCGAGAUCAGGGUCAAGGGCGCACCAGAGGGAUGUGCGAUCAUCAAAGCCGAUGACUUGCAAGAAUGGCAGUUCUCCAUACAAGUGCUAGGAAACAGCCUGUAUCAGGAUGAAAAGUUUGGCCUUCGCUUCCGCUUUUCGGACAACUAUCCCAUGGAGAGCCCCGAAGUGGUCUUUCUGACCACAGACGGCUUCCAAGCUCCCAUACACCCGCAUGUCUACAGCAACGGUCAUAUUUGCGCCUCCAUCCUGGGCAAUGAAUGGUCCCCCGUUCUCACCAUCAGCUCGGUGCUCCUCACGCUACAAAGCAUGCUAGCCAGCUGCAAACAGCUCCAGAGACCGCCGGAUAACGACGCCUAUGUCAAACGCGCGCCUCUCUCCCCCAAGGACAGCCGGUUCGUGUAUGACGACGACACAGUUUAA